AUGCGGGCCUGCUCCGUUCUGCGCCGCAUUUCACCCUCGGCCAGAGCCUGUUCGAUUCCUCGCGCUUGUUCCUUUGCAACCUCGCAAAGAAGCGCUCGGAUCGCUUUCUCAUACGCCCGGCAGAUCCAGUCCCGAUCCGCUCCUCGCGUGCGCACUCACUUCACGCGAUCGCAACAAUUUCCCCAUCACCCAACGGAGGCGUCUGCUCUGUGGUCGAUCACCGUCAGCAUCAUCGCGGUUGGCGGAGGUGCCUGGCUCUAUAAUAGUUAUUUCCACUCCCCGUCAGUUCCGCCGGAGACCCCUCGACCCGCUCAAUCGCACGUCCCCUCCUUCCUCGGCGUCAUCGACACUCUCACCACCAUGCCUAUCGAACCGGCUCCGGGUACCGUCGGGACGCUGACUCCCGAGCAGGAGGUCAAACUGCAGGAGUUCUGGGUCUUGACCCUCAAGGUGUUUGGUGUUCCCGUGGAGGGCCUCGAUGGCAAGUCAGCCAAUGCCACUCCCAAGGGCGAGACCGACGCAUCGUCUGCGAAUCAGAGCCAAGACAAGAAGAAGGCGUCCUCGAGUAAGCGCCGCGGAUGGUCGCUCUGGAACAAGGGGAAUGACGAAGAGGAUGACAGCAAAAGCAACUCCUCGUCCGCCGAUCUCACCUCCAGUCUGGCCUCGAUCAGCAUCGAUGACGGCGAUGAUAAGCACGGACAGUCCAAGGAGUUCCAACAAGCCCUGGUCGAGAUGCAGCCCGAAGAGAUCCGCACCGCAUUUUGGAACAUGGUGAAGCAGGACCACCCGGAUGCACUGCUGCUGCGGUUCUUGCGCGCACGCAAGUGGGAUGUCAAGAAGGCCUUGAUCAUGAUGAUCUCGACCAUGCGCUGGCGUCUGCAGGAGGUGCAUGUUGACGACGACAUCAUGGCGAACGGAGAGGCGGAGGCUCUGCAGCUCGCAUCGAGUGCGGAUCCCGCAAAGAAAAAGAAGGGCGAGGACUUUUUGAAGCAGCUGCGUAUGGGCAAGAGUUACCUGCAUGGUUGUGACAAGCGUGGCCGGCCGAUCUGCGUCGUACGAGCGCGGCUUCACAAGGCGUCGGACCAGGAGGUGGACACGUUGGAGCGGUUCACGGUCUACACGAUCGAGACCGCGCGACUGUUGCUUGCACCUCCCGUUGAGACGGCGACUAUCAUUUUCGACAUGACUGGUUUCACUCUGGCAAACAUGGAUUACACUCCGGUCAAGUUCAUGAUCAAGUGUUUCGAAGCCAAUUAUCCCGAAUCCUUGGGUUCAGUCUUGAUUCACAAGGCGCCCUGGAUUUUCUCCAGUAUCUGGAGCGUCAUCAAGGGCUGGCUGGACCCCGUUGUCGCCUCCAAGAUUCACUUUACGAAAAACCGCCAAGAUCUGGAGGAAUUCAUCGCCCCGAGCCAGAUCAUGAAGGAGCUCGACGGCGACGAAAACUGGGAGUACAACUACGUCGAGAUCAAGGAGGGUGAAAACGCCAAGAUGCAAGACACCGAGACGCGCGACAAGCUGAUCUCUGAGCGUCAUGCUCUGGCCAAAGACAUCCAGGACGUCACGAUCGAGUGGUUGCGCGCAAGCUAUCAGAAGAAUCCCGACGCCGUCGCAGCCUCCAAGCAAAAGCGCGAUGGUCUCAUCGCGCAGCUCCGGGAGCAGUACUGGGUUCUGGACCCGUACAUUCGCGCCCGCUCGUUGUACGACCGACUGAACAUUGUCCAGGGUGGUGGCAAGAUUGAGUUCUACCCUGAUCGUGCUCAGAAUGGCAGUGCCAAUGCGGGUUCAGAACCAACGACUGCUUAA